UACAGGUUGUAGUGGAUGACCACGACCGCUUCUGGAAAAACACAUUGUGUUACGCAACAAACGACCCAAGACUCAAAACGUUUGAUGGACAAUACUACAGCAUGCAACAUGAAGGACAGUUCAUCAUGUACAGACAUAAACAAUUCCCAGCGGAGGUAAUGCUUAAGAAACAUGUUCACAUAGUUUUUUCAAACACUAGCAGCAUUGUUAUCUCGCGAUUUAAUUUUUCAGAGAGCUUUGUAACGGAAACUAUGCAUCGUGUACAUGUGGUGUUUCUGUGCGCGCUGGAAAAGACCUGUUUGUGGUGAACCAUUGUCAUGAUGACCACAUUGUAGCUGCUGUGAACACCACUGAUGGGGUCUUAGAUGGCGUGCAGCGCUCGAGCUACAGCCAAGAAAUUUUAGUUCUACUUUCCAUUUGGAACUUCAAUAAAAGUUGACUACGUUAUGUCAAGAUGGUGGUCACCCAUGAACGUAUAUAUCUACCUUUCUCCUUCUGAUAUGAACAACGUUGAAGGCCUAUGUGGACACUUUAACGGCAACUGGAGCGACGACUUUGUACAUCGUAACGGUGCAAAGACACUAUCCCACAGUUACUACUGGAGAUGGUGGUUGUUAGGAGGAGAUCCUGUAGUUUUAUCUGACUCUUGGAAAGUUUCAGACAACGAGUCCCUGUUAAAUCCCGACCGGAUUGCAAAGCUUUCAACCUGGAACGAAGAAGAGCAAUACUGCAUCUGUCCAAAAACAUUGGAUGGAGACAGAGAACCGAUCUGUCAUCGUAUGGAGGCUGAUUCGUGCGUGAAGAUUGAGGAAAAAUCUGGGAAAAGAUUUGGAACAUUUAACACCCGCAGAGAUCAACAUUCCAUCAACUAUUUGGAUGAGAAUGAUUUAAUCGAAAGACUUCGUAAUUUGAAAACCAAGAGAAUUUACAAAACUAAAAUCAGUCGUGUAAAACGGCAAGUGGAAGCUUCAGAUGAAGAUUUUUAUAAAGCGGCCGCAGAAUGCCAGCAGUGUCUCGUUGCUAACUGCAAUGGGGAAGACGCUGCAUUGGUAUCGAGUAUAGCUGGAAAUAAUUCAUAUGAUUGUGCACAGGAUAUAAUGCCGAGGCAACUGCCUCGGUGUGCCUCAGCGUGGCUACGGCGCUGUGGAUGCAAGGGAAAUGACACGUGUGACUGUUUCGAAGGUUUUGACCCGUUAAGCAACUGUAAGGUCAACGUAUCCGAACCGCCCGAGAUCAUAAGCACCACUGGAGGCGGCGUUUGCCAUCAAAAGGUGAAGUCGUGCGAGGCGUUACGAUACACAACCAAGGAUGGCUGCAGUAUGCAAAGUGUGUGCAAGAUGACGACAAAAGAAUUUUACGAAAGUGGGAAGACAGUUACCCAUGAGACAACCUACGUUAAGGCAAUUUGUUACAAUGGCUGGGACGCAUAUUGUCCCAUUCCUUUCAACAGUCGACGAAAGAGAUCUGUCGAUCAAUUGCUGGUAGUGGAGCCGUUGCAUUGUCUGAUUGCUGCCACAUGUAUUUCCUCUGACGAGAAGGAUCCUGGGAAAACGUGUACCUACUGCAACACAGACAAGAAAAAGUAUGCUUGGAAAACCAAUGGUUGUGAGGAGCCCCAAGUCCAACACGUCUUCUGUGACUAUUGGCGUAGCGGUAGCUGUAACUUCCGCAGUGGUUCUGUUGGCAGCAGUGGCAGUUAUCCUGUACACAAAACGCCGUUUGAACAAAAAAGAUUUUAUUUUCGUGAUUCUACUGAAGUCUGGUUGACACCUUACAACAAUCCAACUUCAAGAGCCCCUCUCGGCGAGUAAACAACGCCUUGCUACGACCUGCCGUAUCCACGAAGCAAAACCCAAUUUGAAUAAAGACAGAAAAAACGCAUACUUACGCUUUAAUAUUAUUUCAGUUUAUUUUGCCAAUAACGAACAUGAUUUAUUGUAAUUGUAAUGUGAUGUUUAUAAAGGAAUUGAGACUAUAACAUAUUUUGCAUAUAGUUCAAUCUAUUAGAAUAGACGAUUCAUACAUAUACGUAUGCGAGCAUUUUGAAAAAUCGUAUUACAAUAUAGUAUUUUACUAUUAAGUAGUAUCCUUUUAGUAUAACUUCAAAUCAGUUUAGUUUAUAACUCUGUUUCUAAUAAGUACAAAGAAUAAGCAAAAAGGUAUGUUAUUCCGAAUUCAUAACACCAUUGCGAUGUUUGUGAAAUUUACAACAAUUCAAUACCGAUUUCUUAUUUACCCUUGUAAGGUGCUUUAAUGAAUAAGUCAACCAUCUUAAUACGAACAAUAUUCAGUCAAAUGUUUAAGGACUGGUGUGUGGUUUCUGUUGUGUCUUGACCAAUACUAAUUUAUCACAAAAAUAUUAGCCUCAUAUUUCUGAACAACAUAUAGUUUGGCAAGUGCAACAAAAACAUGGACCAAAAUCAAAAACGCGUAAGCAAACUGAAAAUACACGUUUGAUUACGGCGUAUAUGAACUAAUCACGGGUAAUCAACAUGUUGAGUGGUUGUAGUAAAUGUUGUUGUUUUUUCGUAAUAAUUAUUUUCCAUGUUUGUGUUGAUGUUUUUUUUAUAGAUUUGAUAAAGCAGA